AUGAAAAAACUUAAGGUUUUGCUAAGUGGAUUCCUAGCAAUACUCAUCUCACUUUCAUGCUUAGCUAUAGAAAACGACGCGCAAUUCCAACAAUGCACGAACAAGCUUCGAUUUUGUGUAAAAUACCUCAACAACGAGACGAGCCAACCUCUCGACAGUUGUUGUGGGCCUCUCGAUUACGUUAUCAAGUCAAUACCCGAGUGUCUGUGCAGCUUGUUGAGUACAGUGCGUGGUAAGCUAGCCGAGCAAUCGAGCAUCAAUAAUGUCUCGAGAUUAGCUCAAGAGUUGCCCAAUAGAUGUGGUCAUUAUAUCAAUCCGCUAGGGUGCAUUGCUGGUACAUCCGACAGACGAUCGGUCGAUUUGGUUCCGAAUUCUAUUAGCUCCGAGUUAUGGUCUUCAAGCUGGAUUGCAAUUGUUUGUGGUGCUUUAAUAGUUCACUUUUUACAUGGAUUUGCUAUAUAA